UUUGUGCCCUGCCUUGGUCACAGUGUUUUGCAAACUGCUCUUCUCUGACUGAAUACAGGGGAGGAAAGGAUGCGUACGAAUCAGUCAGCCGUCUUGCAUUUUAAGCCGAGUGCUCGACUGUAAAGAUGAAGAUUUCUCUCAGCAGGACUUUUAGUUUCAGAACUCAGACUCAGAAUGGACCUUUUCUCUUUUCCUGAAUGAACUCUGUCCUACAGCAGCAGUAGCAUUACACGAAGUACUUUAGUUAUAAUGAUGAAAAGGCGGAAAGGGGGAUGACGUGUUUUCGGAGGGGGUGUUUCGGUGGUGUGAGGAUUGCGGGCUGUGGUUGGGUAUGUCAGUGCCACGUGUCUGCGCUUGCACCUCUCUUCUCUAUACAGAGGAUGUCGGACUGAGACCUUAGUGCGCCUGGUCAAAGUGGGUCAUCAAGUUACACUGGGAGGAUCACAUCUUGAGAGGGAAUGUUGAGCAACCUGCUAUAAGACGACACCAGCUGAUUUGGCGAAAGAACUUCUUUGUUUAUUUCUUUUCCGGUGCCUGAAUGAGCAUGCUGCAUUCCCUCUGUUCCAUCAUUUGGUUGAACCGCGGGUUCAAGUUGAGGAAAGUGGCCUGUUCGGCCAACACCGGCCAGGUUUAAGCCGUUCCUACCGCGCAUGCCCGCUUAUGAGCUCCGGUCAGUAGUGCUUAGCUUUCAACGAAACGUCCCACGGUACGACAUCAUUCGCACCCUCGCAAAGUUUCAUCCCCAGUCCGACACUCUUCUUCCAGGGGUAAUUGUCAUUUCAUACUCUGAAAAUGGCUGCUGAUGGCUUCCAGUACAGAUCUCUGUACGCCUACUGUAAGGACUGGGAGGAUGACAUUGACCUUGAGCCCGGUGAUAUCCUGACGGUCGACAAAGCGUCUCUGCUAUCACUGGGCUUCAAAGAGGGAGAUGAGCAGCACCCGGAAUGCAUCGGCUGGAUCUUAGGGUUUAACGAGCGAACCAAACAGAGGGGAAACCUUCCAGGGACGUACGUGCAGUAUGUGGGACCUGUGAAAAUGUCAGUGCCGUCCUGCCAGCCUCGUUCUCAGAGACCGCUUCCUGCUGUUCCCAGACCUGAGCCAACCUUGCAGGUUGCUCCAGACCUGGACUUGACCAAACAGUUCACACACCUGGAAACUGCUCCCCCUAAUCUUAUUAAGUUGGUUGAAGCAAUUGAGCAAACAGGUCUGGACUCUAGGACACUAUACAGGACAUCUACUGCUUCAGCCUCUGACAGUCAACGACAGAGCCUCGCUGAGCUGCAGGAGUUGGACGUGGGACAGUGGGACAUUCAUGCACUCUCGGACGCUCUUAUUCGGUACCUGCAGGAACUUCCUGCCCCCAUCAUCCCUCCCUCUGUUUAUACAGACCUUCAGGCAGCAGUGCAACUAGAAUCAGACGUUCCCUCCGUGAGGAGACGAGAGCAGCUGUUGGAGGUACUGGGGAAGCCUGAAGUUCCACUGCAAAACCUCCUGACGCUGCAUUAUUUGCUGAGACACCUGGAAAAGGUCUGCCAGUACGCGGAGCACAACGGCCUCGACAUUCACACCCUCUGCCAAAUUUUUGGCCCUCUGCUGAUCAGGGGCCCUGUGAGCGGGUCAGAGGAAGAUGAGGGGUUUCCUGCGGUUGCAGUUGAGAGACUUCUUUUGGAGAAAAUUUGGGAACAAGAGCCGACUCCUCCCGCGCUCCCUCCUAAACCGCCCAAAGCCAAAGCCAUGGCCUCAUAUGUGACCAAUGGAAACGACAGCUUACUGAGUGAUGCUGAAUGGUACUGGGGAGACAUUUCAAGAGAGGAGGUGAAUGAGAAGAUGAGAGACACUCCUGAUGGUACGUUCCUGGUGCGGGACGCGUCAAGCAAAGUGCAGGGAGAGUACACCUUGACCCUCAGGAAAGGAGGCAAUAACAAACUGAUCAAGGUUUUUCACCGCGGGGGGAAGUAUGGAUUCUCAGAACCGCUUACUUUUCUUUCUGUGGUGGAGCUCAUCAACCACUAUCGGCAUGAGUCACUGACCCAUUACAACGCCAAGCUGGACACUCGCCUGCUGUUCCCUGUGUCUAAAUAUCAGCAGGAUCAGGUGGUGAAAGAGGACAGUAUUGAGGCAGUAGGAGAGCAGCUGAAGGUUUAUCACGAGCAGUAUCAGGAGAAAAGUCAUGAAUAUGAUGUACUGUAUGAAGAAUACACACGCACAUCACAAGAGCUGCAGAUGAAGCGAACAGCCAUAGAGGCCUUUAAUGAGACCAUCAAGAUCUUUAAGGAGCAAUGUGAGACCCAGGAGCGCCUCAGCAGAGAGAACAUUGAGAAGUUUCGCAGAGAAGGCAAUGACAAGGAGAUUGAGAGAAUUCAGAGCAACUCUGAGAAGCUGAAGUCCAGAGUGACCGAGAUUCAUGACAGCAAGAGAAAAUUGGAACUGGACUUACAGAGGCAAGCCACAGACAAUCGAGAGAUAGACAAGAAGAUGAACAGCUUGAAACCAGACCUCAUACAGCUGAGGAAGCUAAGGGACCAAUACCUUGUAUGGUUGACUCAGAAAGGCACCAAGCAAAGGAAGAUCAACGAAUGGCUGGGUGUAUUGAACGAAUCGGAAGACUUCUAUUCUCUGUUGGACGACGAUGACGAUCAAGCGCAUCACGAUGAGUGCUCCUGGUAUGUUGGGGACAUCAAGCGCACAAAGGCGGAGGAUCUCCUGAGAGGCAAACGAGACGGCACCUUCCUCAUCAGAGAGAGCCAGACCAAGAAAGGCUCCUACGCCUGCUCUGUGGUAGUGGAUGGAGAGAUCAAGCAUUGCAUGGUUUACAAGACAGCCACAGGUUUUGGAUUUGCUGAGCCCUACAACCUUUAUGGUUCCUUGAAAGACUUGGUCCUGCACUACAAACACACCUCUCUGGUCCAGCACAACGACUCACUGAAUGUAACCCUGGCCUACCCGGUCCUCGCACAGCCGCCUAGAUGAGCACCCCGACACGAGACGUCAGAGGACACGCAUAUAAAAGCAUGAUUAAGCACAUUAUACAGAGCAAAUUAUACUAACACCAAACUUUUAUGUUUAUCAUAGAGAACAGAUAAGCACAGUAUAUUAUCGUAAGUAAACGUACGGCUUUUUUGUAAGCCCAUAGUUUUCUCUAUCAAUCAAAGUCAGCUGCAGUAAUUACGGUAAUAUCACAGCUUGAGUAUUUGUUGUCCCAACACAAGAGAGAAGAAAGUGUCUCAUGAUUCCAUGAAAGCUCGAACUAGUGUCGUAGUCCUGGAUAUUUUCGAUUAGGACACGGGCCAGGGAUGAGAUGAGGAAUGAUUGCAGCUGUUGAUAAUCAAUCUUUUAGCUGUUAUGCUGCAUUCACGACAUAUCGUAAUUACCGUAAUAUCGAGAUGACAACACGUGAUGUUCUAUUCUGAGCUAUACCGAAAUUACAGUAAUAACGACAUGGCGUGAACGCACCUUUAUGUCACUGUGUAUUUGUUUGGUAGUUCGCUUCUGCCAACCAUAUGAAUAGAUUCCUCUCUAUGUGAGUCCUGUAGAUGAUGUGAAACAAACCUUUUUUUUAUAUAUCAGAUGUGGUCGAGGGACUCUGAAGUCCUUUUAGCUUCUAAUCUGCCUCUUAAAAGCUAGUCGUCAUGGUGAGAAUAAAUAGCCAUCAACGAUUGUGUACUUUUAUUUGAGAUUUUACACCACAGAACUGAAGUCUGGCAUCUUAAUGGUUUCUGUGGGCUGGUAUUGGUGCUUCCUGCUUUAUUUUUGAUUCUUUUAACAUGAGAAUGAUGCAUAGCUAUAGCGAACCGUUAAGAUCCAGAGCAAAACAAAUGUGAUCCCAAAGCAACGACGCGCACAGGAACUUUCACUCGCUUAGAACGGUUUCAAAGGGGCAAAGCAGGUUAUUCAACAGACGCAAGCAAAAAAGGAACGGAAAAACCCUCUUGUGAAAACACCUGGGUAUGAUUGCAGAUUUUUGAGGAAAUUAUCAGGUGCAAGUUGAUAUAUUGUGGUAGUAAAUGAGUCCUAAUGGUUGUUGGGCGUUUUGUAACUGUACUCCCCCUAGUGUUGUCAGAUGAUACACUGGUCUGUAAAUCAUACAGUCAGCUGGAUGUUUUUUUUUUUUUUUCUCGUGAGUGAUCAUAUGCUUUUUUUAAUCAAGCAGAACCAGAUAGCAAUUUUAUGUUUGCUUACUAAGAAUCAGUGAUUAAAUUACAUUUUUGGAGAGGAAAUGGUUUUAAAGUGCCUUCUGCCCAUGUAUCCUUGAGAAGCUUUCUUGGGAUUGGGGCAGUACAGAAAGCUUCACUUCCAUAGAUUCAGUAAUUCAGUAAUAAUAAUAAUAAUAAUAAUAUAUAUAUAAUACUCCUUGAGCCCUACAACCAAAAGGAGGAUCAUCCCAUCAAACGCAUUCUGUUAAGUACUUUAAAAUAAAACCCAUUCUAAUUACAAAUAUAUUGGGAGUAGCAAGUUAAAGACCUCUUAUUUGUAAUUAAACAUAACUCUUUGUUAGCUUGUAAGCUUUUUUAAUGAGGUUUGGUCUUAACCAGUAUACACUUUCGUGGAAAUUAAUUUGAGGUACAACAGAAGUAAUUUCAUCCAUUUUUAAGGCCUGUUCACACCAAGACAAGUAUUUAGUGCGAUAAACAUUUUAAUUUGAUUGAAUGGCUGGUAAUGCUUUCAGACUGACAUGAACAUUCAUGUUCCAUCAAUGCGACAGAAUUUUUGUAUUUUUACAGAGAAGUUUUCUGAUCUCUUAGCCAUCGCACUGCGAAAUACUUUUGGUCACAUGCUCAGAGCCGCUGCCACUGUUACAUAAAGCUACAACUUGGUGGCGCUCACAAACAGUGUACAGUUUGGUUUCCGGAAGUAAAAAAAUCCCAUUAAUUUUCUCUUGCAAAACUGACUUUUUUUUCUUGGAAUUUUCAGUUUACAUCUUGAAGUUUUUUUCCUCGCCAUGAAAUACAAAAAUUAAAAAAACUUUUUUUUUUUUUUUUUUAGGUCAUAUCUCACAAUUUGGACUUUACUUCUCAGAAUUGUGAGUGUAUGCAAGUUAACAUCAUGAAUUCUGACUUUUUUGUCUGAAAAGUCAGAAUUGUGAGAUAUAAACUGUGAGAGAUAAAAAGUUUCAAUUUCCUUUUUUAUUCCGUGGCAAAAAUAAGCUUAAUUAUUUUAACAAUAACUUAUAAAGUGCUAAAGACAGACCUGCAAAAAGUUGCAGACCUACAAAAAGUUGCAUAGCACUUUGUGUAAAGCGUGGUAAAACAAGUAUUUCUUGCUUUUCCAAAAGUGCCACGACUGUCAAAGAGUGAAAUGACAAUUUUAUUCAGGCCGUUUGUGGUUUUAAAAGCAUUUUUCUAAACACAAGAAAAUCUGACUGUUCUGAACGUUCAUGUUGGUGUGAACAGGCUUUUAUUCUGGCUACAUUUUAAUCAAUAAAAAUAAGCUACCAAACUAUCAAAAACAGAUGCAGUGUAUUUUAAUUGAUUUAAAAGGCAAGUUGAAAUUAAAACUUCAUCAAAACCUUGAAACUUUAAACUUGCCUAAAUCUAGUGUAUUCUUCGCUUUUGACAUCCUCCUUUUAGAUGGAUUCAUUUUAGUUUAUAAAUCCACAACAGACAAUAAAGUGGAGCAGGUUUUAGUUUUGUAAGCGUGUUUGUCGGUAUACUCCAAUUAGUUUCAUCCUAUCGAUAGGAUGAAGUUGUUUUGCUAUGAUGGUGUGGAGUGGAGCGAGAACAGAAACACUGGUUAUGAUUCCUUGAAUGUUCUGACUGACUGACGUCGGGUCAUUGAGAGCACAGAGAAAGAGCCAGAGUGUUGGAUGUGAUGAAUUCGUGUGAGAAAAAGCAGUGGAGUAAAAUCCUCUAAAUGCACUAUACAAGCACAUCUUGAGAUGAUUAUGAGUGACAAUUAAUGAAGCUUGACAGUCUUUAUGAGCAACAGAAAUAGGUUAGGUACACAUUUUAGUUACAAGCCUAUAAUGUCAUAAUGUGUUAUGAUCGUGCCGAAGUGGGUCUGUUCUUUGUUUUUAUUUUCUUUAACUCCUUUUUAAAGUGUUUUGUUUCUCAUUGUAAGAAAUGACCUUACAGAUUCAAAGAUAAGCUAGCUUGAAUAUUUCUCUUCCGUUCAGUACAGUUACAAAUGUUUACAGUAUCUAAUUAACCAAAUAGAAGAUGUAUUUUCAAAUGUGCUGUCUGGUCCUGCAAGGAAUCUGUCAGACGGGGUUUCUUGUCUUUUUUUUUUUUUUUUCGUGCCUCUGUUGUUUUAAACUUGAAGAUUUUGUUUUCCUUCUUUGUUCACUUUAAACAGUGCUCCCUCACCUCGCAAUAUAUUUUCUUCUGAAUAAAAAGGAAAUUUAAUAUGGUCUUUAAAAAUGCAGCUAUGACCCAGAGCAGGUUUCCCAGGUUUCUUCUUCGUUGAUUUUUUUUCUUUCCAUAGCAGACAUGUUUUUCAAGUUACAUAGAAUGAUAAAAGUCCAGAAUGAAAAGUUAUGAAAAUUUUAUCCUGAUUUCUAUCUAACUUCCUUCUGUAGUCUCAUUUGGAGCAUUGACUAAAAUUAGCUGUUCUUUUUUUCCCCUUCGUUGUUUCUAUGACAAGAAAUAAACUGAAAGUAAGAUACAGCAGGGUCAAAUGUUUAAUAGACAUGUAUUUUUGUAUUUAGUGGUUAUGACAUAACCACUAAUUAUCCUUUACCUCUUUAAACUAAAUGAUACCUUACUGUCUUGUUUCCCCUGAGUGCAUGAAGUAGUCUGUUGAAGAUAAUGCACACCAAAGUGCCAUUAGACAUGGAGGAUGGGGAGCACUGUUAGUUACCCAGUACAUUUCUACUGUGUGUGUGUGUGUGUGUGUGUGUGUGUGUGUGUGUGUGUGCGCGCACAAACUUUAUGUACAUACUUCUGUUUCCUUUUACUACUUCUGUUCUGUCCAAUCUGUUUUUGGGUGCAGAUUUUUCAGUGUACAGUUUGCAUCAGUGUUGUUUGUCUCUCAAACAGGUACACAAGCAUUACAGAGAUAUGGCUCUUUAAUAGGUAGAUGGAAUUAUUUUUAAGACAAUAAAAAGAUAUUGAGUCUAUUGCA